AUGGCUGACAUUAAAGAAAGAGAGAAGUGGUCAGGUAAUGCCGAUUUUCUUUUUUCAUGCAUUGGCUACGCAAUAGGUCUUGGAAAUGUUUGGCGAUUUCCAUAUUUAUGUUACCAAUAUGGUGGAGGAGCUUUUCUAAUCCCAUAUUAUAUAACAUUAAUCUGUGGAGGUAUACCAUUAUUUUUCCUCGAAGUGGCGCUUGGUCAAUAUACGAGUAUUGGCGGUCUCGGUAUAUGGAAAAUAUGUCCAAUAUUCAAAGGCGUUGGCUAUGCUGCAGCAAUAAUAGCAUUCUGGUUAAAUUGUUAUUAUAUAGUUGUACUUGCUUGGAGUUUGUAUUACGUGUACAAUUCAAUCUUGAGUUCAUCGCUAUUACCUUGGUCAACAUGUAACAAUUGGUGGAAUACGGAAUCUUGUCGCACGUUAAUACAAAUGCGGAAUUAUUCAUCGGUACUAUCGUGCACCUCGGCUGAUUUGACAAGUAAUGCAUCAAUUGCUGCAUGCUUGCAAAAUACAACUGAUCAUCUCGCACAAUACACAAGUCCAGUGAAAGAAUACUGGGAGCGUAAUGCACUACAAAUCACUCAUAGCAUAAAUGAACCGGGUUCCCUACGUAUUCCAUUGGUGAUUACGUUAGGUAUCGCUUGGAUCGCUUGUUAUUUUUGUAUUUGGAAAGGUGUCAAAUGGACAGGAAAAGUGGUUUAUUUUACAUCAAUGUUUCCAUAUUUACUCCUAUUUAUUUUACUGAUUCGUGGUAUAACUCUCGAAGGAGCAAUGGACGGAAUAAAAUACUUGUUUAUUCCCGAUCUAUCGAAGUUGAAAACAUCUGCGCUUUGGAUCGAAGCAUCAACACAAAUCUUUUUCAGCUAUGGCCUUGGCCUGGGUGCACUCGUAGCUUUAGGUAGUUACAAUAAAUAUCAUAAAAAUUGCUAUCGGGAUACGUUGAUAUUAGCUGCUUUUAAUGAAGGAACUUGUUUAAUUAGCGGUUUUGUCAUCUUUUCGGUUAUUGGGUUUAUGGCUAAGACUGAAGGUAAAAAAAUCAGUGAAGUCGCCGAUUCAGGACCUGGUUUGGCAUUUGUUGCUUAUCCAGCAGCAGUUGCUCAAUUACCUUUUUCUCCAUUUUGGUCAGCACUUUUCUUUAUCAUGCUGAUUUUUAUUGGUCUCGAUAGUCAAUUUGUCACUCUCGAAGGUUUUAUCACCGCAUGUGUUGAUGAAUGGCCAAUUUUACGUCGUCGAAAGGAGCUAUUCAUUGCUGUAGUUUGUUUCAUUUCGUUUCUAAUUGGUCUACCGACCGUUACUCAAGGUGGAAUGUAUGUUUUCAAGAUCCUUGAUUACUAUUCGGCGAGUGGUUGGUGUUUACUCGUCCUACUCUUUUUCGAAUGCAUCAGUGUAUCAUGGUUCUAUGGUGCCAAUCGAUUCUACGAAGAUAUCAAAAACAUGAUCGGUUAUUAUCCGGGAAGAUUUUGGAAAUGGUGUUGGAUUGCUUUUACUCCAUUUCUUUGUACUAGUAUCGCAAUAUUCAGUUUAAUUGAAUAUGAACCGGUGAAAUAUAAAUCCUAUUCAUUUCCUAAAUGGGCUGAGUAUAUCGGUUGGUGUAUUGCAUUAUCAUCAAUUUUAGCAAUUCCCAUCUAUGCUAUUGCAUUGUUUGCGCGACAAACUGGUUCAUUAAGCGAGCGAUGGAAAAAAAUUACUACUCCGACAAUCGAUCUUAAUCCACCGAUUGAUGAGGACGAUAAUGAGACAAAACAACGUAUGCUUGCUGAACAUACAACAGCUAUGACAAACCUCUAA